GAUUUUAUUUGGUGCGGGUAGUUCUGCCAACUUAACUUCAACAACAUGGGUAAAGGAAAAAACUAUGGGGUUUCAACCACGAAGCGUGUCCACGCAAAAGGCAGAAGUUGUGCCCACGUUUUUCUUAAGAUCUACCAACAUUUCUCUAUGCGUUGAUAAAGGCCAAAAUUCUUGUAGCGCCGAUCUUCUCCAAAGAGGUCACAGAUUUUCAAGGCAAUGGUUGUUCAUUUUAGAGAAAAUGGAAAUCAAUGGUAGCAAUCCUCAUUUGAAUGGAAAUGGGAAUCAUUCUUCAGGCGAUUCAAAGGUUGCCUUAAAUGGAAAGUCUAGUAAGAUGCCCACAUUCAUCAAUCACGACGACUCAAUGUUGCCGACAUAGGUUGAAGACGCAUUUGACGUAGACGACGAUGACAAGACAAUGAUGUCAUAAGAAAAUGCUUAAUUUGUAAAUCUAUUUUUUUAUUCAUAUAAAUUUCAAUUUAAAUGUAGAAUUAUACGAAAAUGCAUUUUUAUUUGCA